CAAGUAUUUGGGCAAUUUUGCGACAUAUUGGUGCACUGAUGUGCACUCUGGACGUGUCUAUGGGCUCCCUGUGGUAGCAAGCCUUACGCAACCCUAGAAAAAAUUUCUUUGACCUUCUUUUGUUGGUUUCAGCUUGUUUGCGCCGAUGAAAUUAUUUUAUCGAAGUGAUCAUCAAACAUGGCAAACGCCAUAACUUCAUUUAUACGUGGUAUUCUAUACCCRAAAGGAUCGACUCCUCUAAAAUGGAAAGAAAUCAUGAUAUUGUUCGUCUCUUUGCUUUCYACAGCAAUGACUAUCACCAUGCUGUUCCCCUUUCUACCAGCUAUGAUCAAGUACUUUGGGAAAACCGAGGAAGAAACUGGUUAUUUUGCUGGUCUAGUUGCAUCAUCAAUGUUUCUGGGUAGAUUUCUCUCAAGCUACUUCUGGGGAAUAUUGGCAGACAAAGUUGGCCGYAAACCAGUAAUUAUCACCUCGCUGAUCUUGCUUGGCAUGAGUACUCUAUUAUUUGGAUUAAGCUCCUCUGUUGCUAUGGCAAUGGCAACACGCUUUCUUGUUGGACUUGGAAGUGGUAUUAUUGGUACUGCAAAAGCCAUGAUAUCAGAAAUAUGUGAUGCCUCAAACCAGUCACUAGGAAUGUCUACAAUUACAAUUUCUUUUACAACAGGACUUAUUAUUGGCCCUGGAUUAGGAGGUUUUUUAUCAGAGACUGGAAUUAAGUACCCGAAAACGUUUCCCAAAGRCUCGUUCUUUGAUCGAAAUCCAUUCUUUCUGCCGUGUGUGGUGAAUAGCGUCCUUCUAAUGUUUUCGGCUGUAAUUGCUUACAAGUGGUUACCUGAAACCUUAGUGRAAAGUAAGAAGAGUAACAAAGAAAGCAAGUGCUCUUGCUUUAGAAUAUUUCGAUUAUCGAAGAAGACCGAAGCCUCGAAAACUUCUGGCAUCAGCAGUCAAAGUGAAAAUAACCACAUCCCGAGCAAUCCUGAAACUUUAGAAUUAAAGAAAGUUCAAAACUCAACGACUAACAAGAAGGAAAGUCUAAGUGAUAAUAACGAUGAACAUUCUGGUUUAAUAUUAAAUGAAAGUACCACAGAAUACAAUGCCUGCAAGCCUGAACUGGAAAAAAAUCAAGCGGCCUUUAAUGAUGACAGUCUUCUUGAUAAAGUACCAUCUUUGUCAAAGAUACCAACGCACUCUUCGUCCGAGGAAUGCUCCAGUAGUGUUAACGGCCACAAAACAAACCUACAUCACGAAGAGCAAGAUGAACAAAAGCUAAAACUAAGCGAAUGUCAGCCUAUAACAUCUAUAUGUGAUGGAAGCGAUGAUAUUGAAAGCAAAGGUGAUUUGAAAAAKACUGAAGAAUCAGGGUCAACAUUGCAUGGAAAAGAUGAUAUGGAAAUUAAAAGUGAUUUUAAAUCGAUAGAAGAAACAAAAAUACUGCACACUGAAAAUAAAGUAAACAUCAAUUCAAAAGAAUGUGUUGAGCACGUAAGCACAACAGAGUUUAGUGGUGAAGACAUGGGAACGUUGCAUGAAGGUGAUGCACAAUCACAUACAGAGAAAAACCAAAGCAUAAACUCUGCUCGUGAAUUAGUUGAAGUCAAUAGACUAGAUGAGAGAAAGGAUGAGAAUAGAACAAGUGGAGAACUAAAUAUUGACAAGRAGAACUUGCCAAAGGUUUCUUUUGAAUGUAAAAAUGCAGACAACUCAUCACGCCGUUGUACAAGAACCACUGACAGCAAAAUUGACACUGGCAAAGAAAGUAAUAAAUGUUGCGGUUUUAAAUUCAAGAAAAAUAGCAAUCUCUGGAGAAUUUUGAGUAACCGCAAUGCAGCUCUUGUCUUGGCGAUUUAUGUUACGUUUGGUUUCGCUCAAAUGGGAAUUGACGAGUUGAUCUACGUUUGGGCGGCUGCUGAUCCUCGCCUUGGCGGCUUAGGGUUUAGCACCGAUGAUAUGGGAACUUUUCUACUAGUAAUUGGUAUAGUGAUAACUUUCUUUCAACCAACUGUCUUACCAAAGAUCGAAAGAAAACUUGGAUGUUUAAUGAAUUUACAGAUGAGUUUAAUCAUUAGCSUGUUCUUCUCUGUAACUUUACCGUCGAUACGUAUUGCUAUUAAUAGGCCUGACAUCCUGUGGACUUUGCUUUUGGUGUGUUUGACAAUGAAGCGUAUGGCGAUGUGUGGAGCAUAUCUAUCGAUUUUCUUGUUACUUAACAACUCUGUCCAGMGAGAUUUACUCUGUAGUAUUAAUGGUCUUGGUCUCAUGUUGUCAAGUUUAUCAAAGACUUUUGGUCCAACACUUGGCGGGAGUCUUCUUUCGUGGUCGUUAUCUUCGGGAAAAACACUUGGCUUCCCUUUCAAUGUCAAUUUGGCGUUCAUAUUCUUUGGUUUCGUUUUAAUUAUGACUGUAGCUAUWAGUUGUUUUGUCARUSAAAGCCUAAAUGAACCACUUGAUGAAAAGGAAGUACUUUUAAGAUCGAGUAAGUCAGUAGAAAACUUGCUGGAAUCAAAAGCUUAGUAUUGAAAAGAAAUUACUAAAAAAAAGCUUAGGAUUGAUCCUCUUUCACUAUGACGUCACAUCAAAUCAGUCUGUUGUUUGUAACGCUAAGGAGUAUAGUCUUCAGAAAGGACAAAAUGGCGGUAUGACAAAAAUAUACACAAUAAAAUGGCUUUUAAUGUUUACAAAAAGAGUCGAAUGACUUCAAGUCACUGUAGAUUAUAUUGUAAGCCGGUCCAUCAAAACUAGAAAAUCUGAAGGUGAAMUUUCAAAGGAAAAGGAGAUUUAGUACAAAUUUCUAUUGUCUUAUCUUCCCUUCUUAUCUUUCCCUUUUGUCAAUAUCUUCCCUUUGGAAAAGUGAUGUGACGUCGUAGUGAAAAUGAGCRAUAAUUKGUCAAUACUUUAAACUUGCAGGAGCGUUGUUAUAAAUCGGUCAUACUUGGAUCUUGAAAUCCAACAUUAUAGCAUUAACUAAAGUGUUAAUGUAGGGUUAGAUUGGGGARAUUUUUGUAGAAAUACGGUAAAAAGAAAUUGGUCAUGCAAAGCUUUGAUCUUGAAAUCCAAUAUUAGAGCAUUAACUGAUUGUUUGCCACGAAGACAAUUAAUGACAGGUGUCAAUCAUUGCUACCUUUCAAGAUGGCACUGGGAACAGUAAAASAGAAAAUUAAAUCUGUAUAUUUAUAUCGCUAUUAAGUUAUUGUUUAUUUGAAUUUUAUACGUGACAUAAAUUUACGAUAUCUUUAUAUAAAUUUGUAAAAAUAUGCUAAUCGUUUUUGCAAAGGAAGAUAUUUUUACAUAAGGUUGGCUUGGAUUUUGAAAAAAUAAUAUAAAUUGUUUUUAGAAGUAGAUAGAAGUGUUUUAAAAUAAUCUCACGAAGAA